AUGAAGAGCCUUUUCCCACCCACAGAGUCUUCUACUACUCUAUGGCAGGCAGACUCUAUGCUUCAACAGAGUGAUGAGAAAACCUCAGAGUACACUGAGGCCACACCCAAAGGCUCACAGUCUGGUUUGGAAGUAUCUGAGAAGAAGAUCUGGACAACUGCAAAGACUAUUUACCACAAUGUGAAGACAAAGAUGAGGAAUUAUUUUACAUGGCAAAAUCAAGUCAAAGCAACAACGGCUCAAGCCAAAAAGACCCUCAGCCAUAUUCUGCUUUCAAUUCAGAAAGAGCUGUCAAAAUCUGACCAAACGGUGACUGCGCUUUCACAAAUAGAGAAUGUGGUUGGAAUGAUGCUGAAGGAUGUUGAAAGGGUAAGCAGUGAAUGUGGUGAGGAACUGAUCUAUCAAGCGCCACAGCGUUCUUCCUCCUCGUUGUCAUCCUCAUCUGCCAGAUCAAAGAAGUCAGAGUGGGAAUUUGCACUCCCUGGCACUCCCAUCUCUUCUGAUUUACCAGAGAGUAUUACUCAGCCCAUUGUGAGAUGCUCAGUCAUCGACAUGGGCAAAUCUACUAAGCCAAAAACAUUGGUGUGUGAUGCCAGGGAAAGCAUGUCUGCAAUAGUGGAUACCAUCAUAAAGGAGGUACAUCCAGAGGAAGAAGGGGAGGUUGCAUUCCACCCUGGUCUAACAGCUGCAAUAGCAAGACUGGAGGAGCUCAUAUCUCAGGGUAGGAUUGGUGCUCUCUCACGUGAUCUUACUCACCGAGUCAACCGCAUCAUUUCUGAGAGCAACUUGACCCCUCUGGUUCUGACAGUGGCGGCUGGAAAGAGUGCAUCCGAUACAGUCCUUACUGAGCUGAAGAGGAAUGACAAGACGGUGGGGAAGCCCACAGUUUACAAGGUGGUUCAGCUUUUUGCAGAGGAGUCUGUGAAGCGCCUCUUGCUUCCUAGCCUUGUGCCCUCUACAGCUUCACUGAGUUUGGCUCAGGGAGUUAGUGUGCCGGCUAGCGUAUCUGAAGAUAGGAUUUCAUGUUCUUUUUCUUCAUCAGCAUUUAGUGACACAGUCAGCCUGUUUACCAAAGUAAUGGUAAGCCAGGUCAUGGACUCUGUGGUUUCUGAUGCACAAAGCAGAGGGUCAUCUCCAACCGGAACUGUAACUGAUAUAGGCAGUCUACUGAGUGGUAAGUCCUACCCUUUGCCAUCUUUCUCCGCCAUCAGCAUGACAACAAGUGGGACCUCCAAUGCUGCACGAGGCUUUGAGGCCAACAUAGAUGCUGAGGAAAGGGAUACCAUCAGUUGUUUCGGUGUACCUCAGAGCAUUGUUGGUGAUCAGAAUUCAACCAGCCCGGAUGUUGCCUCGCUUUUAACCCCAUCCACUGACAACUUAGUCGGUGAUGAUGACUUCACCGGCCUCAUCAGCAUGUUAGUGGUGAGACUUCUGUCAAAAAUCCAAACCCAAACUGAUCUGUACCCAACUGACGUCACACGCACGUCACAAGACCUGAUUCCAAAAGUUAUAGCUGCCUUCUGUGCAUGGUCAGGCUGCUCUGAGACCCAAGCUUAUCCCAAGAACCUGAAGAGUCAUAAAGUAUACAGCACCGUCUACAAACAUCUGUUGAAGGAGUUUGGCUCAGAGAAAAUACUCCAACUGGCCGUGUCGACUCAGGACUCCACUUUCAAUAGGAUUCUUGUGAAGUCAUUGAGCAAGGAGCUUCUCCACAGUUGUAACGAGGCAUCAAGAGCAGCCUCAAGAACAUCUUUCGAAGCCACCAGGCCAGAAGCUCUUCUCAUGGCUGAAGAUGUGAAGGCUACCAGAGGGAAGCUGUCUUUCCUACAAAGGCUUGCCAGACUGAAAUUCAACUUAAAGCCAUUCAUGAUGGGAAACAAGAAGGAUUCCAAGAAGAAUUCCCACCAUUCUGAAUCCAAAGACCAGACUACUGCUGAAGAUAUCAUGUUGGCACAUCCUGGACUCCCAGAGGGUCUUCCCUCCAACUCUCAACAGGAGAAGCCUCGCAAACGUCCCCUUCUAAUCAGGAUGUUUUCCACCAUCUCCAUAGGCCUAUCCAAGCCAUUCAAACAGUUUUCAAAGCAAGCUUAAUACAACAAUUUCCUUUAAUACAGUAAUAUUUGCAUUGAAUUGAUGGCCUUUGUCUUCUUUUGUGUUGCCCUGUUAACACAUUUGAUUAGAAAAUACAUAGUAUAUUUAGUUUAGUUUAUUAUGCAGUCAUAGUCACGGUGUAGGCUAAACAAAGUAAUGUUGUCCUGAAUAAUGUAUAGAACAUGCACCCCCCCCCCCCCCCCCCACACACACAGUGUGAUUCAUUGAACACACACACAUAGUACUUCAGAUAUGUCCCACAACCAACAUUCAACCAGAUAUCAAUGAUUCAGUGUCAAAUACAUGUACUGUAAAAUAAACCGUAUUUAAUUUACAACCAAUCAAAUAAUACAUGAUGCAGGACACUCAGUUAUCAGGGAAUUAACUGGUUUAACUUCUCAAACAAACUCACACAUUUCCAUUUUCUGUGGAUCGCCCAUGUUUACAUUUUACUGAAUGCCAGUCUGACCUUUGACCUGUAGAUGGCAGUAAGGGUCUACUUUUGCUGCAGAUCCACUUCUAAAGCUCAAACCUCUCUGGACAAGGAGCCGAAACAUUUGUCCCUCGUGAGAGAGAGUAUGUGUGUGUGUGUGUGGCAAGAAAUGGGAAUAUUGCACUACACUUUUAUGAUACAGAUACAUUUUGCAUUCGGUAGCAUAGCACAGCUGUAGUUUUUUCAAAUGCCAAAUGUACAUGUAGCAUGCUUCUGCCUACAGAUGCUUUUCUGAGUGACUUGUGUUGUGAGAGAACCAGAAUUCAAACAUAAACUCCUGGAUUACAUUUUAUAACAUUGUUAGCUCUUUUUAGUAACAUAUGGUAGCAUACAUGUUUCACACGGUGGCAAGUCAAGCUAGUUAGUUACAUGUAACACCAUUACAUUAUAUGGUCAAUGUGUGUGUGUAUCCUCUUAGCUUUUACCUUCGACAUUAACAAGCGACGCACGGGCUGGUCCUGCAGACUCCCACGCCCAUGGCCCAGGAGAAGGCUGGGGGCUACCUGCUCACUCACGUCCCAGCAAUCUCCUUUGAGACCGACUCUACUGUGGAGUGCACCUCCAAGAGGACUCCGGAAGAGAGGGACCGGGUGAAGGUUAAACUGGCCAACAUGGCCUUGAUGGGAAGGAUAAAAAGUCUUGGCUGUGAAAUGCCCAUUAUGUGUGAUUAUCGAAUUGAUCAUUUUCCACUUUUGAAACAACAAUGGGAAAGACAGGGUUUAUAGCAAAGUUUGCUCAGAUUGGGCUUUUGGAAAAAUUGGGAGAAUGGAAGUGCACUCCUGAUUCAGAGAGAAAGAUCCAGCUUAAUCAUCCAUACCAUUGUUUAAAUUACAAUAAAAAAACAUUCAAACUGUUCCUGAGUUUCGAAAGACAGAGAAAGGAAAACAUCAUUAUCUUCAGUCUGUUCACACCUGUUCACACAAGUCCUACUGUCCACAAUCUCAGGGUUCUUCAAUACAAACACACCUGUUUCAGAAAACCUGAUCACUUUCACAUUCAAACAAUGUUUGUAGGAUACUUUUCAAUAACUCAAUAAAUGUAAGUGUUGAAACCAUACAUAGCUGGUAACUUGAGCUCGGCAGAGUAGUUUUGACCUGUGUCCAGAUGCAGUCAUUUAUGUUGUCUAAAGGCAAUUUGUCUCUUAUAACAAUGUUGUUUUUCUGAAUAAUCUAAUUGAAUUGACUGGUAGGUAGUCACUAACUAUUUGUAGCAUGUGUUUCUCUGUUUAUUGAUAUUUGCAUGGUGUGUAUGUGUUAAGAUGUUAAGUAAUUAAUGUUGAUAUUAUCCAAAGGGUUUAACUGAAAUGUUAAAUGUUGGUGUCUCGA